AUGGCAGUUGUACUGUUGCUCCUCAAGACAGUCGGAGUAUUGGGAUUUUUAAGUUUAUUAAUAUUUUAUCUGAGGAAGAUACGACUUUAUCGGGCAGCUGCUAAAUUUCCCGGACCACCGGCACUUCCGUUCAUUGGCAAUGCUCAUGUCUUCGUGGGUAGCACUGAGGACAUACUAAACAAAAUAACGGAAUUAUUGGACGCAUAUCCAUCACCCCUUCGAUUCUGGUUGGGAAGUCGCCUAUUCUUCGGAGUCUGCGAGGCCGAGCAGCUGAAGAUAGUCUUCACGAGUCCGAAGACCAUUGAAAAAGAGGACCUCUACAAAUUUGCACGUCCUUGGCUGGGAACGGGAUUAUUUACGGCACCAGCAUCGAAAUGGCGAGUCCACAGGAAGUUGAUACUUCCGACAUUCAACCCCCGAAUUCUCGAGUCCUUCGUGGAGGUGUUUGCCCAGCAAUCCGAGAUAAUGGUGCGACAGAUGAAAGUGGAAAUCGAUGGAGACGAGUUCGAUGUCUUCAACUACAUAUCCCUGUGCACCCUCGACAUCAUCUGCGAGACUGCGAUGGGAGUGGCGAUGAAAGCCCAGACAGAGGGCGAUCCCACGUACGUAGAGUCAGCGAAGAGGACAUUUGAGAUUUUGUACACCAGAAUGUUCAAAGUCUGGCUGCAUCCGGACGUUAUUUUCAAUAAUACACGACUGGGGAAGGACCAGCGAGAGUGCAUAGAGUAUUUGCAUGGAUUAACAAAUGAUGUGAUAAAGAAGAAGAAGCGAGACCUCGCCAAUGACUCCCCGAUAAUCGAAGACACAAAGCCCCGGAAGGCCUUCCUGGACCUCUUGAUGGAGCUCUCAAACGAGGGAACAAAGUUCACGGACGAGGAGCUCCGAGAGGAGGUGGACACGAUGAUGAUCGCAGGGAACGACACAACGGCCUCAGUGAACUCCUUCGUGAUGCUUAUGCUGGCGAAUUACCCCGAGGUCCAGGAGAGAUGCUACCAGGAGCUCUGCACCAUCUACGGGGACAACAUCAACACUGACACUGCGAUAACUCACGAGGACCUGCACAGAAUGGAGUAUCUCGAGCGAACGAUCAAGGAGACCCUCAGACUCUUCCCCGUGGGUCCAGUCCUAGUCAGAUACGUCAGCGAGGAUCUCGACAUUGGGGAUCACGUCCUCCCUCGGGGGUCGUCAGUUGUGAUUGGCAUACUGAAGAUGCACAGGAGCGAGAAAUACUGGAAGGAGCCCCUCAAGUUCGAUCCUGACAGAUUCCUACCCGAGGAAGUUGCCAAGCGUCAUGCCUAUUGCUUCGUGCCCUUCAGUGCUGGCCCUAGGAACUGCAUUGGUGUCAGGUACGCUAUGAUGGCCAUGAAGACACUUCUGGCUACUGUCCUGAGACACUACGUUCUCAAGAAGGAUCAGUUCGUCAGGAUUGAGGACAUUAAACUCAAGGCUGACGUCAUGCUCAAACCUGUGGAGCCUAUUUCUGUUAAAAUAGAGAGGAGGAGACGUUGAAGAGCCGGGGGGAGCGCCACUGAAAGUUGUACAAUGAGUCACGCUGUUGAUUCUCAUGAUUUAUUCAGACAUCUGGAGGAUUGAUUCAGAAAGAAAUUUUCAUGGAAAAACGUAACGAAUUCGAUGGAAAAUUCUAGUGGAUUUGCUACUGAAAUUCUAGGGGGAAUUCUGUUAGUUUUAUGGCCGAUUCUGCUGAAAAAUUUCAGAGCUUUA